CAGGGCCCACCUUUCUGCUUCCGCUUCCGGCGCUGCGGCUGUUCAGGUCGAAAAUGGCGGUGGUGGCGGCUGGGUCCCGGGUUUCCGGGCUGCUAGGUCGCUACCGGCCACAGAUGGGGCGGCCUAUGUCGAGUGGCGCCCACGGCGAGGAGGGCUCAGCUCGCAUGUGGAAGGCACUCACCUACUUCGUCGCGCUCCCCGGCGUGGGAGUGAGCAUGCUGAACGUCUUCUUGAAGUCGCAUCAGGGAGAACACGAGAGACCCGAGUUCGUCGCCUACCCGCAUCUCCGCAUCAGGUCCAAGCCCUUUCCGUGGGGAGAUGGUAACCAUACUCUAUUCCAUAACCCUCAUGUGAAUCCGCUUCCAACUGGCUAUGAAGAUGAAUAGAGAAAACCUGGACCACUACCCAGUGGGGACCACAGCACUGGUUUGGACCAUUACUCUGUACACGGACCAGAAAAGUGUAUGGGACCUUACACUCACCUUCUUUACUUAUAUCAAAUGAUGACCAGUAUACUGAUCUUCCAUCCCUUUGCUUAUGGCAGGAGAUGGCUUAAAUAAAUAACCUAGAUUGGUCAUGA